AAGCUCCUGGCCAUACCCUUGUCUCUUCGCCACUUCGUCCUACGCACUACGUAUCAGUAGAGAUUGCCAAUCGCCCCUCCGCCUCGCCUGUUCUACAGCUUCUUCUAGCUUGCCACUACCUCAACCUCCACACCCUCACACGCACACGAAUACUCCGCAAUGGCAAAGCAACUCAAUGGAGCCGAUGUGGCCAAGCACAACAAGAAGGAUGACCUGUGGCUCAUCGUACAUGGAAAGGUGUACGAUCUGACCGAGUUUGCCCCGAACCAUCCCGGUGGAAGCUCGAUUCUCCUCAAGUACGGUGGAAAGGACGCUACCGAGGAGUACGAGCCGAUUCACCCCCCUGGAACCCUCGAGGAGAAUCUCUCGGAAGACAAAUGCCUCGGAGAGGUCCAGCCCGAUACGGUCGAGAAGCUCGAGCAGAAGAACCCAGAGAAGGCUGUCCUACAGCCUGGCCAGAUUCCACCUCUGUCGCAAUGUCUGAACCUGUACGACUUUGAAGUGGUGGGCAAGCAAGUGCUCAAGCCCACUGCCUGGGCCUACUACUCUUCGGGAGCCGACGAUGAAGUCACAAUGCGAGAAAACAGCAACGUGUUUGGUAGGAUCUGGUUCCGCCCUAGGAUCCUGCGCAACGUCUCCAACAUCAACUUUGCCACUACGAUGCUCGGUAUGAAGACGACGAUGCCUAUUUAUAUCACCGCCACUGCCCUCGGCAAGCUGGGACAUCCGGAUGGAGAAAAGAAUCUGACCAUUGCUGCCGGCAAGACUGGAAUCAUUCAGAUGAUCCCCACUCUCGCCUCUUGCUCAUUUGACGAGAUCGUUGAUGCGCGCAUCAACGAUCAGCAGGUGCAGUUCUUCCAGCUCUACGUCAACUCCAACCGCGCCAUUACCGAGAAGAUCAUCCGCAAGGCUGAGGACAGGGGCGUCAAGGGUCUCUUUGUCACAGUCGAUGCUCCUCAGCUUGGUCGACGAGAAAAGGACAUGCGGAUGAAGUUUGACGACACGGGAUCGCAAGUGCAGAAUGAGGGCAAAGACGAUGUUGAUCGUUCACAGGGUGCGGCAAGAGCCAUCAGCUCCUUCAUCGACCCCAGCUUGAACUGGGAGGACCUGCAGUGGCUCCGCUCAUGCACAAAGAUGCCCAUCUGUCUCAAGGGUGUGCAGACCUGGGAGGAUGCAGUCCUCGCCGCCGAGGCCGGUCUCAACGGUAUCGUCCUCUCCAACCACGGUGGUCGUCAGCUCGACUAUGCCCGCGCUGGAAUCGAGAUCCUCGAAGAGGUCGUGACGGCGCUCAAGGCUCGCAACCUCUGGAAGCCCACUUUCGAAGUCUACAUCGACGGCGGAGUUCGACGCGCUACGGACGUGCUCAAGGCAGUCGCCAUGGGCGCAAAGGGAGUCGGUAUCGGCCGACCCUUCCUCUACGCCUACUCGGCUUACGGACCUGAUGGUGUUGUACAUGCCAUCAACCUUCUCAAGGCAGAGAUGGAGAUGGGUUUAAGAUUGAUCGGAGCUCCGACUUUAGCAGAUCUUACCCCAGAGAUGGUGGAUACAAGGGCGUUGGGGUCGCAUAUCAAUCCUGUCCCUGAGAGCCACGGCUCGCAGAUCUACCAGAGGCUUGACACGGCCAUUGGCAUGCCCAACGAGCCCACCAACAAGCUCUAGAGGUUCUUCAAGACCUCCUGUGGUGCUACGCUGCAUUGUGUAGUCCGUAUGAUGGUUGAAUGAAUGACAAUAGUAUGGCAUCGAAGAUGUACUUGUGCCGCCCGUCUCGCAUCGCGGGGAGGCGACGCGCCUCCGUUCCGUCUUUCUAUUUCCUGCCGCCACCGCUGCCGCCACUUGACAGG